GGGCUAGGGCUGCGCGGGCUGGGCCGGCGCGGAACGGUGCCGCCCCGGAACGCCGCGUACGGCUCCGCCGGGCCCGGCCGGUACCUGCACCGCGAGGCACCGUCCCGCCGCCUUCCUGCGCCCGCCCCGCCGAGGCGCCGCUCGCCGGUCCGCGCCGCCUGGCCCGGCCAUGCUGCGGCCAGAGCCCCUCUGCCGCCGCCGCCUGCUGCUGCUGCUCCUACUCCUGCACGUCGGCCGGGCGGCCGACCCCGCUCCUCCGGCCACCCCGACCCCGCUCAACGCUACGGAAGCGCCGCGGGCGGCCGCGGGUAACGGGACGCAACCGGGCCUGUCGCCGGGAUCGCGGCGACCGCUGGGGUGGGGGCUGCCGGUGCUGAAGCGGGCGGUGUACGUGCUGAGCGCCCUCUCGUUGCUGGCCGCGCUCUAUUUCCUACUACAGGCGUUCCGCCCCAGGUCAGAGGGACCCAGAACCGAGCGCAAAACCCGUUUCAGGUUGAAGAAACCUCAGCGGAAGAAAUAUGGCCUUCUGUCGAAUUACGAUGAGAACAUAGAGAUGGCCUCCUUCGACAGCGACGAGGACACAGUGUUCGAAACAAGAAAUCUGAGGCGAUGAUUUGGGACCAGCGGCACCAACUGCACAGACUGACCAAGGGGGUGCAAGUCCAGUGGAAUCACCUUACCGCUGCUCAAGUUUUAUUUUUUUAUAAUUGCUUGUAAUGACUAUUAAUUAACAGUACAAACACUUCUAUAGCUGGGGCAGGGGAAAGGGGACCAAACCUGUUUUCUUCACACACAUUUUUGGGCACAGGUGGAGCUAGAAGCUAAACAAUGCUGCCUUGGGUACUGUUAACUGCACAAGGGGAUGCUGAGGAACACGUAACUCCUGGGUGAAUGCUCAGCAUUUGAAGUCUUACAGCUGCAGCGCUUGAGUCCAGAGUGGCGUCUGCUGGCCUAUCAGUACUUUAUAGGUGCUCAUAUCCCUCUCCACUGACUGCAGCAGUCAGCUCGAAGUAUCAGGCAAGUGGAUUUUGCAGGCUGAUCCUCUUUCCUUCAUGCCGUAUCGCAUUACUUCUUCAGGAAGUGUCUCUGUCAUCAACUCUGAUCUGGUAGGAGCUGGGAGAGCUCUUGUCUGUUACAGUAGCAGUGGGUGUGGAUAGCGUUGUGUUAGUUCAGACAGAGAAUAGCUUUGGGAAUGAGUUAAAUGCAUCAGUUUUCUUGUAGUUGCAGGGUGAGCAGUUACACGUGAUAAUACAGGUCAUUACGUGGGUUUACAGAGCAAAGACGUGUUUACAAAUGAAAGGUGCAUUUCUACAAAAGAGCCAUCGGUUGUGUAGUCUGUGGGGCUGCACGUGUUCAGGCUGUCCUGCCCAGCCGCAACGGUGCUCACCAGAGAAACGUGUGACGUCUGCCAAGCCUCUGGAUUUCGAGCUGCUGGCUCUGUCUGACGUCACCUGAGGAAGAGUUGGAGCGCUGUGGUUUGAGAGGGAGAACCUCAACUCAGCUGUCCCUGAGCAUCUGAUGCCUGGAAAAGGAGGACCCGAGCCCCUGCGAACUGUGAUUCUUUAACCCAGACAGCCCUGGUUCAGAAAUAAUCUCUUUAUGAAGGGUAGAGGAGUUUCACUCCAUUUGCUGGUUCUCAAGCUGUGUCCUGCUGCCAGCCCAGCAAACUGGGAUGUUCCUGUGCAGCCCAUUGUCUUGAUAUUUGGGCUCUUACAGCGUAGGACCAAAUGUGAAUGUGUUAGAAGGUCAUCGUUAGGUGGACCUGCUGCUAAAACGGUGAAACCUGCUUGCAAAGUGCUCCUGUUUAUGGCACCUUUCAGCCUUGAAGGGAAGGCCCGCCCUUGAAAACUAUGGGCAGUGCAGACCUGUGUCCUGAAGUCCCACUUCCACCCAAAACUGGUAGUGCCUUUGUUAGGAGAACCCUUUACCCUGCGGGCCAGGGAGCUCCCUGCUUGACCUUACCUUUCAGUUGAAGCUUGAGAAUGUCUUUGGAGGGGCGGCUCCUUCCUUUUGGUUAGCAAAUCCUCUGCAGAUAAGGGGACAAAACUGACAACAGAAAGGGCAGGGGCAGAAGGGAUACCCUUAUCAAACAGCAAGGACCCUGGUUUUGCUGCAGGUCACUGGGAGCUGGGGCUCUGGCUGCUGCUCCAAGAUCCCUCCCGAGGGAGCAGCGUGAUCCCAGUGCUUCACCUGCGCGAGGGGCAGCAUUUCUCUGCAGGACGGGUGAGGUUUCCUGGAGAAAUGUCACCCCAGGUGCUGGCAGCUCUGUCUUGCACAUGUGCAAAAGAUUUUUAAAGAGAUAUAUAUAUAUUUUUAGUAAUGCUGUCAUGUGAACACAGCACUUGGAUGUGCCCUAAUUUCAUAUUAUUUGUAUCCUUUCAUUCCUCUUUUAGGUACUUUCUGCUUGUUUAGCUGAUGCAGAGAUGAAAGCGCUUGCUGCGUUCCUCUGUGAGGAUAGCGGUAAUGGCUAAAUCUGGCCAUUACCGCCCCUUGGGUGAUCAGAGAGCUGAUUUGUUUGAUUUGUGGUAGUGUAUCUUCCCCGAUCCUGCACAGGCUGGCAGGUCUAUGCAUAUGCUGAUAACUUUCCCUGGCUCUUCAGCUCCCUCUGCAAAGUUCUUUCUUGCAUUGUGCCGAGGCCAGGGGAGCCUGACUGUGUUUCAGUGGCUCAGCGUUGUGACUGACACAUUCCUUGGCCUUUCUUUAUCUGAGGCGAUUAACUUGAUCGUUCUUUAGACUAUGCUCUUUGUUGGACAGAUGGGUUUUGCAAUUUUGAAGUUUCCUUACCUUGCAGGAGUGGAUGAUUUUUUUUUUAUGUUAACAGUUGAAUGAUUUUGAUCAAAGAGGGGACCUCAAGCUGUAGGUCUUGUCAUGAAAAUAAUUUUGAUAGAAUUUGAUUUUGCUGUAAUAGGUAUGUAGAAUUAGAGCAGGGAAAGAUGGGGAAGGAUACAGCCAGAGCACGUAACGAGGUCCCUGUUCUGGUCCUAGGUAGGCAAGUGGUAAUUAAGUUGAAGGCCUGGAGGAGAUGCCAGCCCAGUAUCUAUGCACACAUACAUGUUUUCAGAGUCCUGCUGGCUGUCUUUAAAGGGGUGGAGAGUAAAAAGGUAAUAGUGGGGCUGUAGCGUUGCAUUGCUGUCACUUUUAUUCUGAUCCUGUUUUGGCUGGAGACAGGUUUGAGCUGUAAUCAGUGACCCUGUGUGGCUAUUUCCAUUUUUCCCCUGAAGCAUCCUGCAUCUUGGAAGCAGUUGGCGGUCUCGGUUUGCUCUUUGCAGGCCAAGACGUUACAUUCCUGCUCCACUCUAAGUCAUCGUUAAAGGCGUUUUCUGAGAGGAGAAAACAAAGAUGCUGAUUACAGAUCUGAGACUCCUUCGAGGACAAACCUAUUGCUCGGCACAGCUGUUACUGAUCUCCAUUUCUCCUGGAAGAAUAAAUCGCAGCAGUUUUGCUAAAUAAAUCGCAGCUAUCGCGCCCCUCACAGUGGAACGGAGCACCCCUGGGCAAUCAGCAUGAGGCCAGCGCAGGCUUUUGGUGGCAGGAGUAGGUCUGGCUAGUAACAGUGGCCUUUAAAGCCUUACAUUAUGUUUCCAUAAUGAGAGAACAGUUCAGUAGUUACUUCAGUUAUAGUUUUAGUUACUUCAUGUAACUUCAUGUAACACAUGCCGGUGUUGAUAGCCUAGUAGGUCUCUCUGCAGUGGUUAGAACUUCUAGUAGUUUUUCAGAAUAGAUUUAAAUACACAGAUGCAGACACACGUGUGCUCUGAGCAUGCGAGACAGCUCCGGUCUGGGAGCUGCACGGCUGCACCAGCGCAGGGCUGUGCUUGUACGAACACGCGCCGCUGCUCAGAGGAAUGUGUCUGUCCCUGGGCAGGCUGAUGCCCCGCCAGCUGCUGCAGCACUUUUCUUUCUCUCAAGUGAAUUGGGGUGUCAGUGGGAGGCUCUGCAGACUCCGGCUGCCCUUUGCUGUUGCAGGGCUCCGGCCGAUCCUUGCCGAAAGGCGCUGAUGGGCGCAGGGUGAUGAGGACCAAGAGGAUCGUGGGGUUCCCUACGAUGCUGUGUGGUCGCCAGCCUGUGUCUGUCACAAGCGAGCGCUGCAGAGUUCGCUUGAAACAAUCACUGUUGUUUAAGCCAAAGCCAGAUUUCAGAAGUUUACGUAAUUGCCCCUCCGAUCUUCUUGGAGGGCUGUAUUGAAUCCUCUGCUGCUGAUAUUGAGCUACUGGGCAAAUCAACUGGACCGUCUGCUGAGGUUAAUGAGAUUGACUGAGAGCGGUAUGAGCAUCAGCGCUCUGUUGUUAAUAACGUGCUUCUGUUUUGUUUCACUCGUACAUGUGACUGGAAUGGGAUCUGCGGCGUUAAAGUGCUGGAGAUGGACCUGUGGUCUGAGCAGAUUGCCAAGAAGUCAAUAAACCAGCACUUGAGUGCUUUGUGUUGUCUGUGCUCUCAGAAACAGAGGAGCUAGUCUUUCACCCUCCUGCUUGAGUUGUUGAUUUAUUUUUAAAUAGCGACCAGUCCUGUAUUGAUUGAUUGUUUUACUUUCAUUUACAGCAUCCCCUCUCCAUUGUAUCUUGAAACAAAUGAAAUAAAGCAUUCUGUUUCGCCCAA